AUGAGUGAAAAUCAUGAAGAAACAAAUGAUUUAAUAGAUAUAUCAACAAAAGAUCAUCUUAGAAAUGAUUUAAACGCAACUGAUGAUGAAUUAAAAUAUUUAGAAAAAUUAUUAAAAAUUCAAAAAGAAAAAAUGACUAAACAUCAAGUAAAUAGAAAUGAACCAUCUGUUGUUAUUGAUAAUUUUCUUUAUCAUGGGGAUUUGGCUCAUGCUAUUGAUGUUAAUUUACUUUUGGAUCUUCAUAUAAGACACAUUAUAAAUAUAUGUGAUUGUCCAUUAGAUAAAGAAAUUUAUGAGAUUUUUGAUGUUUUAUGGAUAAAGGAUAUGGAAGAUCAUUUUCAAGGAAAUAUUCGAAAACAUUUUGAUGAAACUAAUGAGUUUUUAUUGAAGUGUAAACAAAACAAUGAUAAAGUAUUAGUUCAUUGUCAAGCUGGAAUAUCUCGAUCAUCUUCUAUUGUUCUGGCAUAUUUAAUCAGUAUUGAUAAACAAAGUUUAGAAAAAGCUUAUGAACAUUUACUUGAACGACGAUCGAUUGCUGCUCCUAAUUAUGGUUUUCUUAUUGAAUUAAUUCGAUAUGAGAAUGAAAUUCAACAAAAAACUCAACUAAAUACAACUGAUGAUAAACAAAAGCCAGUAAAAUCUAUUGACGAUAAUUCAGUCGAUAAAACGAAAUUAUAA